GUCCCCCGGUGCCGCGGCGGAGGGCCGGCUCUCGCCAUGGCCUUGGACCUGGACGAGCGGCUGCGGCUGAGCAACGCCCGCUUCGUGGCCUCCUUCAAGCACAUCUUGGAACGGUAUAAUCAUCCUUUUGAAGAUGAUUUACUUAUUUCCAUGGAAACUCUCACUUACGAUACGCCUGAUGGACAAAAACACUGGGAGCAAGUAUCAACCAAGAAGAUAAAAACCUGGAAGCAGGAAUUAUUUAAGUGGAGUAGAAGAAGUCAAAGGAAUGCAGAAAUGCCAAAGCAACAGACCGGUGAUUUUGAAGAUGAGCAUCCAACAGUACGUCAGGAAUUUCCUGAGAACUCCCAUGUGGAUGCAUCUGACAUAGGUGAAGAAAGUGAUGCUGAGAUAGUUUCAGUAAGAAGAAAAUUUGAAGACAUUCACUUCCAGAAUUCACAUGUAGAUGAUGGGAAAAAGCAAGAGAAAGUAAAAGUUCAAGUGGAUGUGAUAGUACAAGAUAAUGCUAGAAAUAUUCCCAGAUGGAUUGCGGUAGCACCUGAAGGCUCAUUGAAAGGGCUUCCUUCAGCUUCACCAGUGCGAAAACUGAUCGGUACAACCAAAUCUUUUGGAUGCAACCAAGCUGCUGUUCACAGAAAUAAAGGAGAGUUUUGGAAUGAAUGUCCUUCCAGAUCUCUACGGUUACACUUUUCUAGUGUUCCCAUUUCAACAAAUACAGUAACCAUACCCAGGGAUCCACCUUCUCCAGAGCUGAAUAGAAGUUGCUGGGAUAGUGCCUUAGAGGAGUAUCAGUCUGCAGAUGAGACAUGCUCCUGGAGCAAUGUAACUCUCGCUGACUUGUAUCCAGCAAUGGUAAAGAUACUUACAAGGCUUAUGACAAAGGAGUCUCGGAGAAAAGAGUUAAAAUAUGUGUUUAGAUGCUUCAGGCGCAAAAGAUGGCAUUCUAGAAGACCAAAGCUCACUGCCACUGUAGGCAAAAUAAGAGGGUUCAAGCCUCUUAAUCUGAAGCAAGCACAAUCCAACAUAUGCAGCGAUAGCAUUGAAGACAUCCAGAAUCAAACUUACGAAAAUGAGAAUGGAGAACUCCCUGAUGACGAGUGUUCCAAUAAGAAUUUCUCAGGUCUGGUACCUUAUUCUCACAUUGAUACAAAUGCAGUCAAAGCAGGCAACUCUGAAACAUGUUUAGAACACCAUUUGGUGCCUGUAAAAGGGCAGACAGUUUCUGAACAGGCCCAUUUGCCUAAUGUUAUGGCUAGAAUGGGAGAGACCUUUCUAGUUGAAGAGACUACUGUCAUAGUGAAGAAUUCAAAAUGCAAAGAAGGUGAAAAAUCAGCAUGCAAAUGUUCCUUGGAACAUCAUUUUAUAACAUCUACAGCCAGUUCAGGGUCAACGGCACUUCAGCUGGUAAAAGCAAGUAAAACUCAAAAACCCGACUUCCCUGAUGGUAAUACCUUAGGGCUGCGUUGGUCUACUUGCAGUUCCUAUAGCAACAGUAACACUUUAACACCAGUCACAAACUGUUCCCUCGCAAGAGCAUCAAAUACUUUGCUAAUAAAUCCUGAAAACCUAACUUCUGACAGACUAACUUCUUUCCAACGCAAGCACUCGUUUUCCCCCCUCUCUGCGGUGCAGAGCACUUCAAACAUGCCUCAGAAAUACGAAGAUGCGUUUGAGAAACUGUACUGCAAACUGUGUUCCCCAGCAAUCCAAAAGCCUUUGACGUCGACAAGACUUCGCUCAAAUUCACAAAACCUUGAAGAGAAAGGCAGAUUAGUGAAGAGUCAUUUAAGGAAUUCUGUGAGCUUUGAUACGCGCUACGACAGAGAAUUCGACGAGAUCUAUGAGCAGUCGUGUAAGGAGGCUGUUCCAAAACUCCCUGGGUUUCAGAGAGCUUCAAAUUUAAGGAAAUACGAAGGAAUACAGAUGUCUGAAACUGUAAACGCUCUUGUGAACUCCCCCGUCCGAACUUUACUUGCAAUUCCCAGAGUUAAAAGGCUAGGAAGCUUUCAAAAUGAUCUUAUUUGUUCACCAGGAAAGCGACUGAAAAAUAUACCAGAACGUUAUUCUCCUUCCCCAAAAGAUCAAGUUUCUCACAGAAAAAACGUCGGUCUUCCCACGGUUGGCAUGGAUUUUUUGAGCACGUACAAUGGUGGUAGCCCCAGCUUUUUUGACAGUCACAGCUAUCAGAGUCAGGACUCUGGCUUUCAUGACUCUUCAGAUAAAAUCUCUCUCAGCGUUCCUGGAACUUCCCUGCAAGAAUCUGGGAUUGCAGAUGUCUGCUCUGGCUGGCCUGGAGCAAUGAAGAAUUGCAGCUCUCCCAGAAAUGCAUCAAAGCAUCAUGAAAGGGUGUACAGAAAACUAAGCUACACUGAUGGGAAAGACCAAAAUCCUAGCAGUCCCUUGGGCGACUUCAUGGUCAAAACUCACCAAGGAGCAUUCACGGACUGCUACAGAUAAAACAUGUUAUAAAGCUUGCAUUUGUUUUGGUUCUCUUUCUUCUUCCAAGAAUAAAGGCUGUGUUAUAUAUGUUUAAUCCCAAUCUAUUUCCCUGUACUAAAAUCUUCAGGAACUGGAUUGUCCGUUCUGAUGGGGUGCUGCUUACUCCUUUGGCUUCCUCAGGAAUUGCCAGAGAAUCAGGGUUCCUUUCCAUAGCUAAGUUUAAAUUAUGUAUUUACUGAUGUUUUUAAUAAUAGACUAUAAUCAGUAUUAGCUUUUAUCUGCUAAUAAGCUUUGAUUCUUAACAUACUCGUAACCAGCUCUUUCUGCCAAAUUUCUGCCUAUUUGUGCUUUGUGGGAUGCAUCGAUACUAAAUAACUUCUAAACUGGGCUUGGAUGAUCCAAAUGCAGUAUUAUACUCUGUGAUUUAUAGUAUGCCUGCUAUGUAUUUUUAGUGUUACGUUUUCUAAGUAACUCACCUGAUUUGAUUGGUAAAUAUAAUUUUAUCUUUUCUAGUGGAUUUGAUAGUUAUUUGGUGGUGUGACAGAACUGUAUGUGAUACAAAUGACAUUUUCAAAAUAAAAACCUAUUCUGAACCAA